AUGGCUUCUCUACACGGGCGAUCUGGUUCGCACGCAUCGGCAAUUCUAUCGAGACCCGAGCUCGAAAACCUAGGUCGUUCAUCCACUGGCCAUUUGCGAACCUUAUCUAAAUUCGCCAAAAAUGCCCCAAACGAAGACUUCACGAUAACAAGCCCCACACAAGAGGUGACGGGUCUCGCUGGUCGUCGCAGACUGCAACGAAGCGACUCGGUUCGAACCGGCUCAGCUGUUGCGCCUAAUGGAAGACCCGGAGGGUUCAGCUGGGACCGUACAUGGAUGGACGCCCAGAGGCAAUUUCUCCAGGCUUACGAAUAUCUUUGUCAUAUUGGCGAGGCCAAAGAAUGGAUCGAAGAAGUCAUUCAGCGGCCUAUACCUCCGAUUAUCGAGUUAGAAGAAGCGCUUCGUGACGGUGUUACACUUGCAGAGAUCGUUCAAACGCUCCAACCGCAUAAGAGAACACGAAUAUUCCGACAUCCGAGACUGCAAUAUCGUCAUUCUGAUAACAUCGCGAUCUUUUUUCAAUAUCUAGCAGAUGUUGAGCUGCCAGAGCUUUUCCGCUUUGAGCUCGUGGAUCUCUAUGAGAAGAAAAAUAUUCCCAAGGUCAUCUAUUGCAUCCACGCCCUGUCAUGGUUGCUGUUGCGGAAGGGAAUUACCACGUUUCGUAUCGGCAACUUGGUUGGCCAGCUUCAGUUCGAACAUCAUGAGCUGGAAGCCAUGCAGAAAGGUCUUGAUAAGGCUGGAGUCAGCAUGCCUAGUUUCUCUGGCAUAGGUGCCAACUUCGGCCCUGAACCGGCUCUGGAUCCUGAGCCUGAGCCGAUCGAAACGGAAGAAGAACGAAUAGAUCGGGAGCUUGGCGAAAAUCAUGACGCUAUUGUUGACUUUCAGGCCCAAAUUCGAGGGGCUCUCUUGCGACAGAAGCUCGGCUACAUGAUGCAGGAGCUCUGGGAUUGCGAAAUUAUGCUCAUUGAUUUGCAAUCCCGAAUCCGAGGAGACUGGGCACGACAAAUUUCUUCUUAUAGACAAAGCAUGCGGCAAUUCGCCAUUCAACUGCAAUCGGCGGCGAGAGGCUACUUGGCCCGAAGACGUCAGCUGGGCAAAGAAAAUGCCCUCGUUGAUAGCGAGCCACAGAUCACUCAGUUGCAGAGUCUGAUCCGAGCUAAAGUCGUUAGAGCUCAGUUUCAGUCACUUCAGAUCCGAGCCCAAGCGGAGGAGAAUGGCAUUAAGAAAUUUCAGGCUGCUGUAAAAGGCGCUCUUCAGAGGAGACAUGUUGCGCAACAAUUAUCUCAGACGCAAAAGUCCGAACAUUAUGUGCCUCUCCUACAAGCAGCAAUAAGAGGCGCACUACAACGACAAAAAUUGCAAGCAGAUCUAAAUGAUGCACGAGCUGCCGCCGCCCAAGUCGCAUUGUUGCAGGCGGCCGCGAGAGGUAUGAUUGUUCGGCACCGAAAUCAGGCGGAAAUGGCCGCUCUCCUUCGGACGCAGGAAGGAAUUGUGAUUUUCCAAGCCGCUGCACGGGGUGCGCUUCAGCGAAGCCAUCUAUCUCAAAAGAUGGGUCAAAUAAAGAGGUCCGAUCAGUCCCUGAACGACUUGCAGGCCACCGCAAGGGGUGCCAUUGUGCGUAAUGAUCUCCACACUGUCAAAACAAAGCUUGCUCAAGCAGAGAGCUCCAUAAGCUAUUUGCAAGCGGCACUGAGAGGAGCGAAUGCUAGGAGAGCCGUGAAGGAAAAGUUGCAAACCUUGGACAAUUUCCUGGAUAUCCACACUAGUAUCCAGUCAGCGAUCCGGGGAAAUGCUCUGAGGAAAGACUUACAGACUCUCCGUGAAGGCUUGUAUGCUGAAGAAGAUCGAGUAGCAGUUCUCCAAGCUUCAAUACGAGGAAGAACUCUUCGACAAGAAGUAUUCGAGCUGAAGGAUGCUAUGAAGCAGGAAGAGCCGGCCAUAACUGAACUUCAGGCAAGGAUUCGUGGAUUGCUCUUCCGUCGCAGUUUCAGCUCAGACCUUGGGGCUCUCCGUAAAGAGACGAAGGCAGUCACGGACCUACAAGGCCGAAUUCGUGGAAUGCUCACCAGACGGAACCAGCUUGAACUAAGAACCGAUCUUCAUGCCCAUACCAGUGAAAUAGUUCAGCUUCAGAGUCUAACAAGGGCAAUGCUUGUUCGAGGCAACGUCGAGUCUAUUCUCUCACGACUUGAGGCCGAAGACGAUGUCAUCACAGAGCUGCAGGCGGCUGCGCGCGGAGUGAUUGUGCGUCGUCGCUUCUUAGAGAAGCAGCAAUAUUACAGGAAAAAUAUGGAAAAGGUUAUCAAGGUGCAAAGUUUCGUUCGUGGAAGGCUCCAAGGUGAAGCGUACAAGAGCCUCACAAAUGGGAAAAACCCCCCCGUUGGGACCGUCAAAGGAUUUGUCCAUUUAUUAAACGACAGUGAUUUUGAUUUUGACGAGGAAAUCGAAUGCGAACGUCUUCGCAAGUCCGUUGUACAGCAUGUGCGACAAAAUGAGAUGUUGGAGCAAUAUAUCGAUCAACUUGAUAUCAAGAUUGCUCUACUUGUCAAGAAUAAAAUUACUUUGGACGAAGUUGUUCGCCAUCAGAAGCAUUUUGGCGGUAGUCUUACUGCUCUGAUGAACAAGGAUCUUGUGUCCCAAGAUCCUUCAGAUCUUAAAGCACUCAAUAAAAAUUCGCGCAAGAAGCUCGAGCACUAUCAACAGCUCUUCUUCAUUUUGCAAACACGUUCCCGAUACCUUGCGAGAUUAUUCAAGCGCAUUCGCGAACAGGGACUUGCGGAAAAGGAAGCGAAGCGCAUUGAGAAUCUGAUGAUGAGUCUUUUUGGAUACGCACAGAAGAGACGCGAAGAAUACUACCUUGUGAAGCUGCUGGUGAGAUCCAUGAGGGAAGAAGUUAGCGACUGUGAAACAUUGCAAGAUUAUCUACGCGGUAACUUUUUCUGGAGUAAACUCUUAGGAAGCUAUAUUCGUUCCGCAAGAGAUCGAAAAUACCUACGAGAUCUACUCGGGCCCAUGAUUCGAGAGAGCAUCAUUGAUAAUGAAGAAUUGGAUUUGGAAAGCGAUCCAAUGCAGAUCUAUAAAGCGGCCAUCAAUAACGAGGAACUUCGUACUGGGAGACGAAGCCCCCGCAAGUCAAGUAUUUCUCGCGAAGAAGCAAUUCGUGAUUCCGAGACACGGGAGACGUUUAUUCGUCAUCUCCAGGACCUUCGGGAUAUCGUGGACCAGUUUCUUACCGCGCUUGAGGAUCAACUCUCCAAAAUGCCCUAUGGACUUCGAUUCAUUGCGCAGCAAAUUUUUGAAGCACUAAGUGCACGCUUUCCUCAUGAGAGUCCACCUCAUAUCCUGCAAAUAACAGGGCAUUGGAUCUGGAAAAUCUAUUUACAGCCCGCUCUCACUCAACCAGAGGCCUGGGGGGUAGUCGAUCGAGGACUUACCCCACUUCAAAAGCGAAAUUUGAGUGAGGUUGGCAAGGUAUUGAGCCAAAUCGCCGUUGGAAGGCUCUUCGGGGGUGAAAAUGUAUAUCUACAACCUCUCAACACAUUCAUCGGCGAGGCGGUCGACAGACUCGGGCACAUAUGGGAAGAGCUCAUUUCGGUUCCAAUGCCCGAGUCUCAUUAUGAUAUUGAUGAGUACAAUGAUCUUUACGCAAAGACUAAGCCGACACUUUAUAUUAAAAUGGUAGACGUCUUUGCUAUUCACCAGCUUGUCGCAUCAGAGGUUUCUCAUUUAUGCCCAACCAACGACGAUGUGCUUCGAGAAGUGAUUCGUGAACUUGGCAGUCCCAAGCACAACGAAAAUGAAAUGAUGACGGUUGGGUCAACUGAGAUAAAUCUUACCCUCACCCCUAAAAUGCAUGAUGUUGAUGACCCAGAGGCCGAAGUCAAUGCCCUCUUUACAGAAACAAAAAGAUGUAUACUUUAUAUUAUCCGAGUCCAAUCCGGCAAAAGCCUAAUGGAGAUUAUGGUUAAGCCAAUAACAAGAGAAGACGAGGAAAAAUGGUAUGCUUUACUAAAUGAAGAAGAAACCGCCAACGGCAGGAAAAGGGGCGCAUAUUCGGAAGCCAACACUCUGCUCGACCUGACGUCAAUGUCAUAUUCUGAGUUGAAGCGUAUAGCGCUGGAGAAUAUUAUCAAGCUUGAGCAUUUGGGAAGGUUGACACGGCAUAAUCAAUACCAAGACCUUCUAAACGCCAUUGCAUCAGAUAUUAGAACAAAGCAUCGACGCAGAGUACAACGACAACGAGAGCUCGAGGGCAUCAAACUUACACUGGCCAAUCUUCGCGAAAAGGCCGUCUGGUUGGACGUGCAAUUACAGAGCUACAACAGCUAUAUUGAGCAAGCUAUGAUGACCUUGCAAAACAAAAAAGGAAAGAAGCGUUUCCUGCUACCGUUUACAAAACAAUAUAACCACGAACGCGAACUCCAGCGCUCAGGCCGAGUCCCGAAGUUUGGGUCCUUCAAAUACUCCGCCCGUUCGCUAUAUGAUCGUGGCGUGCUCGUCUCUUGGAAAGGCUACCAAGAGCGGCAAUGGGAUAAGGUCAACCUCACCAUCUCCAGCGACCAAGUCGGUAUUUUCUCGCUUGAGGGCUCCGCAGGUCACAUUCAGAUCCCCGGUGCAAGUGCCGAAUUCCCACUCGAGGAUCUCUUGCAGGCACAGUUUGAUAACCAUCAGUUUAUGACCCUUUUCGAGGGGAAUUUGAGGUUAAAUGUCAACUUGUUCCUGCAUUUGAUCUUCAAAAAGUUUUACCGGGAUGAGUAA